GCACUAGUGAAGGCAAGCUAUUUGUUGCAGAAGCACAGUCCUGCAAUCUGGCCAACUAUAUAAGCACGUGCAAUUAUACUGUUUCGCGAUUUGGGAGCGUCAUCGUACAACCAGCAUUGGAGUGAGGCUAGCGUUCACCACCUUAAACAUGCACCUGGCAGUAUUUCUUCUAUUCGCCGUUGUUCUACUGUACCUAGUAAGGUUGGUUAAGCGGACGUUCAGCUUCUGGGAGGGAAAAGGCGUGGCGCACUUGUCUCUGGCGCAGUACGUUGGCGUGCUUUAUGACACAUUCACGAAGCCACUUCCGGACGUGGUGCGGAGCAAUCAUUUGAAGUACGGAAAGCUUUACGGAUCAUAUCAAGGCUUCGUGCCUUGUCUCGUCGUUGGAGACCCGGAUGUACUGAGCAUCGUGUGUGCCAAAGAUUUCAAGUCCUUCGUAGACAGAACGGAGAGGGAAGUAACUGGAAAUGCCUUGUGGGACAACAUGCUCCUCAACAUGUCUUCGGAUAUGUGGAAAGAUGAACGGGUGGCACUAUCACCUGCAUUCACUCCGAGCAAGCUAAAACUGGUAUUCCCAAAGUUUCUAGAAUUCUCCGAACGGCUGCGCCUUCAGUUUAUAGAGGAAGCUAAACAAAGAAAUGUCGUCGAAGUUCAAAGACUGUUCGAGCAGUGCUCGAUGGACGGCAUGGCUGCGUUCCUGUUCGGUCUUGACCUUUACGCUUGCCAAACGCCAGACCACCCGUUGGUGACCUGCUGCAACGGCUUCUUCAGUGCUAUUGGCGGAUGGAAGGUCGUCAUGUUGUACGCCAUGUCAAGAGUUUUCAAGAUGCUUCCUAUAGAGUUUCCGAGUACCUACGGUUCUCAGCAAGUACUUAAUUUCGCAAAACUAAUGGUGGAGAAACGACUGGCUUCCAAUGAGAGACACAACGAUGUUCUUCAACUGUGUUUAGACACCGUGGUAGAAAUGAAAAACAGAAGCGGUCAAAAGUUAACGGAAUCUGAAAUGAAGGACGUGGCUGCGGAAAUCAUGGUGUUUUUCAUUGCCGGCAGUGACGGCGUAGCCAUAGCACUCACCUUCACAGCAUACAACCUCGCACUCUCUCCCGAAUACCAGGACAGGCUGGUCGAAGAAAUCGACGAAGCCGUAAGCAAGCAGGGAAUGACCUUCGAAGCCCUCAACGCCAUGCCACUCCUCGAGGCUGCCGUGAAAGAAUCCCUCCGCAUGUAUACGCCGGAUUCAUUCCUGACAAGACGCUGCAACCAGGAAACGACACUGUAUGGAAUAGAUUUCAAGCCGGGAAUGUGCAUCGAGAUACCCUUGACAGGCGUUCACUACAAUCCAGAGUUUCACCCAGAUCCUUACACUUUCAAACCUGAAAGAUUUUUGCCCGAGAACAAGGACCUGCUGAAGCCGUACAGUUUUUUGGCGUUCGGCGCGGGACCCCGAAACUGCAUAGGACUGCGUGUGGCCCUCGUUCAGGCCAAGAGCGUCCUCGCCGGUUUGCUAAGAGACGUGCGCUUUGAGCGGUGCGCUGACACUCAGGUUCCCGUGAAGUUUGUUCCCAGGCGCCUCCUCUUGGAACCAAGCCCAGCAGUGAAGCUGCGCGUCGUACCGCGUCACUCAACUGCGCGAUCUUAGUGUGACUUCCUUUAGUAAACAAAUCUGCUCACAA